CAGUUAAAUUUUCCUCUUAAUAACGGUUAUCACGCUAAUAUUUAUUUUAAUACAUUGGAAUUCAAACAUCGUCGACGCGAAUAUAAAUCGUUCAGCGAAAUACAAUCGUGUCAAAAGAAUAGGAAACGUCGAAGAAAAUGAAACAAAUUCUGGUGUUAUCAACAUUUGCCUUUAUUUCUAGUUCUAUUGUUUGUUCUUAUUCUUCCUCCGGAACAUCUGCCGAUUCCAGUAGUUCUUCUGGGAAUUUCGAUGAACGAUUCUGUGCUCUGAGCGCUGAUAGUAAAGUAAAUUUUCGUUCUUGCCUGAUUGAAAAUGGCCUGGAAAUUGAGAAUCAACUUUUCAAAAAUUGUGCCCAACGAGUGAAAUUUUUCCCAACGUUGCUGGAAUUGGACGAAUACCUUUGCAAAAUCAGAAAUACACAAAAAUAUGAAAAAUAUGCUAAAUGUUUUAAUUCGGCGAAGGAAACGUUAAGCUUAAGUAAUCCCAAUGUAUAUCCUAUAUCCAGCAAAUGCUUAACGCAAGUGGAAAAUUGUCAACGAAAAUCAAUCUCAUCAAUUGAUUCUUAUCAACGAAGUUUUGAAGAAUUAUUCUAAAUUUCAGUGGUAUGCCGUCCUUGGAAGCGGUGGAAGCGCGGCUUCCCUUGUAUUUUCUAAAAUACAAACACAAUAUGUGCGACUACUUUCAU